GUCCAAGCAAGAAACUUUGUCCUCGAUAACAAGCCUUUCUCGCAAUGCUUGCCUCUCCUAUUCUGAGAAUACCCCUUGCUCUAGCAAGUUCCUAUAUAGCACAAAGGUCAUCUACUCCUCCUAACCCACCUGCAGAAGUGGUGGAACGACAGAAAUACCAUGCAAAGGAUACUUCCACGGAUACCUUAGGCAGCAUUUUAUGGUGGUGGUUGCCUUCGUACUGGAUUACCCUGCACUUCAUCAGUUUCCUCGAAAUAUACACCAUCCUACAAGCCGAGAUUCCCAUACUACCCCGUCCUCCUACUCUUCUUUUGCCUCUUGCUACAGAACGCGGACAGUUGCGUCUUUCCAUGGUCGCCGCAGCCGGGAUCUUGUUUGCUUCGGUAGGAUAUAAUAUACGCAUGUCUGCCGUUCGCCAUCUCGGUCGUCAGUUUACAUUUGAGCUGUCUAUUCAGAGCAAACAUAAGCUCGUCACGGACGGUCUCUACAGCCUCGUGCGCCAUCCAGGUUACCUGGGUGCCAUCACGAUAUGUUGCGGGAAUGUCGUCUUUCAAAUGGGUCCAGGGUCAGUCUGCUUGGAGCGUGGUUUGUGGCACGCAGCCCUUGGAAGAGUUGUUGGUGUAUUCUGGAUCUUUCUAAACAUCGCGGUAUCGAGCAUAAUGGCUUUCAGGACCGCAAGCGAAGAUGCUGCACUUCGGAGACAAUUUCCGGAGGAAUGGGACGUAUGGGCAGCAAAGACACCAUAUAGGCUGAUUCCGGGAAUAUAUUGAUGGACCCUGUGUUAUGGCUCGAUAUACUGUGCUGGACCCGAACGACAUCAUUUGCGUCUAUGUCAUUUAUACUUCCUCCACUGUUAUUCUGCAGGUGGAACAAUCUACGCUGUGCGGCUUUAUAAAUGUUGAACUACCUGUACUGAAAAUAUGGAGCUCAUUGUAGUAUCAUCUAGAACUCAAAGCCCGAAGCUUCGCUUGUGUAUGUAGUGCAACUUGCCCGAGAUGUCAGAAGCUUUUUUCUUUGCUUCACUCACAUUCUCUCUUGACGUACGUAGGGUAUGUCG